GCUGGGCUCUGACACCCGCACAGCCAGCGAAGCCCAGCAAAGCCCAGCGAAGCCCAGCUGAGCGCGGCGGAACGAGCCUGAAGCCAUGGAGGGUCGGGUGCAGCUGAUGAAGGCCUUCAUGGCCUGGCCCAUCCGGCGCUCGGCGCGGCGCUGGAAGAACCCCAUCCCCUUUCCCGAGAUGUUUGACGGCGACACGGACCGGCUGCCCGAGUUCAUCGUGCAGACGGGCUCCUACAUGUUCGUGGACGACAAGACCUUCUCCAGCGACGCCCUGAAGGUGACGUUCCUCAUCACCCGCCUCAAGGGCCCGGCCCUGCAGUGGGUCAUCCCCUACAUCGAGAAGGACAGCCCCCUGCUCAGCGAUUACCGGGGCUUCCUGGCCGAGAUGAAGCGGGUGUUCGGCUGGGAGGAGGACGAGGACUUCUAGGCGGCCAGAGCCUGGGGCCCGGGGCGGGUGCUCCGGGGAGGGGGGGCUGCGCGCCGCCAGGGUGGCCACGGGCGCUGUCCGGCCG